AUGGCUCCAAGAUAUGCUUUAGAAAUAGUAAACAGAACGCUGCAAAAUAUCAUGAAUAAUUUACCUUUUGGUGGUAAAGUUAUGGUUUUGGGCGGUGAUUUUAGGCAACUUCUACCAAUUAAAAUUAAUGGAACACGUACUGAAACGUUGAACCUCUCUAUUAAAUACAGCGAAUUAUGGCGACAUUUCAAGACAUACAAUCUUACAACAAAUAUGAGAGUCUUACCCAAUGAAAUCGAUUUCGCUAAGUUUUUAUUCUUAGUUGGUGACGGAACUUUAAAUGACCAGCAAGAAAAUUUAAUAUUACCCAAUCAUUGCAUUCAUAACAAGAAUGAUGAUAUUAGUAAAUGUGCUAUUUUGUCCGCGCGAAAUACGGAUGUCGAUGAAUUAAAUAAAUUAGUUAUUGAUUUACUAGAUAUAACUACAGAACAUAUUUAUACUAGCAUUGAUAGCACCGAGAAUUGUGAUAAUGGUGAAUUUGAUGAAGUAUUUUUACCGGAAUAUUUAAAUUCAUUAAAUCCUGCUAGCUUACCACCUCAUGAAUUGCGAUUAAGAAAAAAUAGGUAUUGUAAUGUUAAUUAG